UUCCUGCAGAGAGAGGAGCUCAGGCCUAGCUCAUUUUCGCCUGGCAGGUCAGAUGCUCUGUGUUUCAGUCUGAAGCCGUUGGCUGCUACUGAACCGUUUGGCUCUUUUCUCUACUAGCGAGCAAACCUACAAUCUAGACCCAACUGUACAUCCAGCUCAUUUUUAAGGGGAUUUAUCACUAUAUAUGCCCGUGUUUCCAAAACACAUCGGUCAUUGGGGAUUCCUAGCCCCGCUUGGCCGGGUCUGAAGGCAGUUAUAACGCUUUUUUCGAGGUGUAAUUAGAGCUAGAAAACAACGGUGGUGGAGGAGAUUCCAUAUUAGGAGCACAGAGGAGAAGGCACCCCCCUUGUGUGAUUUGGAGCUUUUGGUUCUGAGCACAUGGUACAAGGUCCUGACUGAGUACACUGGUGGUGCAAACAGACUUACUGCUGUGGCUAGGUGUGUGUGUGCUGACCUCAUGGUGUAACAGGAGUAAAGAUGAGCAUUAGCAGUGAUGAGGUCAACUUCCUGGUCUACAGAUACCUACAGGAGUCAGGGUUCUCCCACUCAGCAUUUACCUUUGGCAUAGAGAGCCACAUUAGCCAGUCCAACAUCAAUGGUGCUCUGGUUCCCCCUGCUGCCCUGAUCAGCAUCAUCCAGAAGGGCCUGCAGUACGUGGAGGCUGAAGUCAGCAUAAAUGAGGACGGCACGCUAUUUGACGGCCGGCCCAUUGAGUCCCUGUCCCUGAUCGAUGCGGUGAUGCCGGACGUCGUUCAGACGAGGCAGCAGGCUUACCGGGACAAAAUGGCCCAGCAGCAGGCUGCAGCUUCAGCGCCAGCGUCGACCACUGGGGGCACUAUCGCUGGCAAUGCCAAGAACGGAGAGAAUACUGCCAAUGGGGAGGAGAAUGGAGCCCAUGCCUUAGCAAAUAAUCAUGCUGACCUGAUGGAAGUGGACGGCGAUGUAGAGAUCCCUCAGAACAAAGCCAUGGUCUUGAGGGGCCAUGAGUCAGAAGUCUUUAUUUGUGCCUGGAACCCAGUCAGCGAUCUGCUGGCAUCAGGGUCUGGCGAUUCGACGGCUCGUAUUUGGAACCUGAGUGAGAACAGUACAAGCAGCUCCACACAGCUGGUCCUGAGGCAUUGCAUACGAGAGGGAGGACAAGAUGUCCCCAGCAACAAAGACGUCACCUCACUAGACUGGAAUAGCGAGGGCACACUGUUAGCGACGGGCUCUUAUGACGGCUUUGCCAGAAUAUGGACAAAAGAUGGUAACCUGGCCAGUACUCUCGGCCAGCACAAAGGUCCCAUCUUUGCCCUUAAGUGGAACAAAAAAGGCAAUUUUAUCCUGAGCGCAGGCGUAGACAAGACAACAAUCAUAUGGGAUGCCCAUACAGGAGAAGCCAAACAACAGUUUCCUUUCCACUCAGCUCCGGCACUUGACGUGGACUGGCAGAGUAACAACACGUUCGCCUCCUGUAGUACAGACAUGUGCAUCCACGUCUGUAAACUGGGGCAGGACCGACCCAUUAAAACAUUCCAGGGACACACAAAUGAAGUAAAUGCAAUCAAGUGGGAUCCCACAGGAAACCUCCUAGCCUCCUGCUCAGAUGAUAUGACGCUGAAGAUCUGGAGUAUGAAGCAGGACGCCUGUGUCCACGACCUGCAGGCACACAGCAAAGAAAUCUACACCAUCAAAUGGAGUCCCACUGGCCCUGGAACAAACAAUCCCAGCGCUAACCUCAUGCUAGCCAGCGCAUCAUUUGAUUCCACCGUCCGUCUUUGGGACGUGGAUAGAGGCAUCUGUAUUCACACGCUGACCAAACACCAGGAGCCCGUCUACAGCGUGGCUUUCAGCCCUGAUGGUCGCCAUCUGGCUAGCGGCUCCUUUGACAAAUGCGUGCACAUCUGGAAUACACAGACGGGAGCUUUAGUCCACAGUUACAGAGGGACAGGGGGAAUCUUUGAGGUUUGCUGGAAUGCAGCGGGGGAUAAAGUGGGAGCCAGCGCAUCAGACGGAUCUGUGUGUGUAUUAGACCUUCGGAAAUAGUGCUGCCGUUUGUUGGAAGCCAUGGACCGACCAUGAAUGUGUACAUAGCCAAAUGACUGUCCCUGCCUGCCCUGCCCUGCGUACUGCUCACGCUUACGACUUCGGCCCCGCCCACCGACAAACAGGAAGCAGGGAACAGGAACAGGAAGCAAGCACCCGACACAGCAGGUCCAGACACAGGGGUGAACAGACAGACGGACAGACACAGAUGGAUAAACGUGCUGAUGGAAGCGGCCCUCUCUGUCUGCGCAGACUCUUAAAGAGAUGCAGGAGGGACACGGCGAAAAAAGAAAAAAACAAAACAAAAACAACAAAAAAAACAACAAAAAACAAAACUGAUAGACAAAAAAAAAAAAGAAAGAAAAAAAAAGAAGUUACAGAUCCGUAUAUGUACCAAAAUUUGGAAGCCGUUUUGCUUUUUUCGAUCUUUAAA